GGCAGCAGCAGCGCAUAAAGGGGCCGCCGCCGGGUGAUGCGGUCCUCACUGCGGUAGCGCCCAAGAGCCGAGUCCGGGGAUCUGCCAGAGGGGUCCACCCCGCCCCCUCCCCUCCCCCUACCCCUCGUUCCUCCCCCUCCCUGCCGCUGCGGCCUCCCAGCCCGGGCACCACACUUCCCUCCAUCCCUCCUCCUCCCCAAUCCCCUUCCCUGCUCCCCCUGCCCCGUCGCUGCUGCCUGCUGCCGCCGACCCCUCUUCUCCGGGCCGGUGCCGCUCCCCGUCUUCCCUAACCCCUCUUCAACCUCUUUCCUCCUCUCCCCCCUACGGCAAAAAAUCGCCGCGGCCUAGCUCCCUCCACCUUCCCCUCCUCCCCUCCCCGUCCCUCUCCCCUAUCCCCGUCCUCGCCCCGGGGUCCGCCGCCGCCCGUUUCACACAAUGGCUCUGAAGAGAAUCCACAAGGAGUUGAAUGACCUGGCACGUGACCCCCCAGCUCAGUGUUCAGCUGGUCCUGUUGGAGAUGACAUGUUCCAUUGGCAAGCUACAAUAAUGGGGCCAAAUGAUAGUCCCUAUCAGGGUGGAGUAUUUUUCUUGACAAUUCAUUUCCCGACAGAUUAUCCCUUCAAACCACCUAAGGUUGCAUUUACAACAAGAAUUUACCAUCCAAAUAUUAACAGUAAUGGCAGCAUUUGUCUUGAUAUUCUACGGUCACAGUGGUCACCAGCACUAACUAUUUCAAAAGUACUCUUGUCCAUCUGUUCUCUGUUGUGUGAUCCCAAUCCAGAUGAUCCUUUAGUGCCUGAGAUUGCACGGAUCUACAAAACAGAUAGAGAAAAGUACAACAGAAUAGCUCGGGAAUGGACUCAGAAGUAUGCGAUGUAAUUAAAGAAAUUAUUGGAUAACCUCUACAAAUAAAGAUAGGGGAACUCUGAAAGAGAAAGUCCUUUUGAUUUCCAUUUGACUGCUUUCUAUGAGCCCACGCCUCAUCUUCCCCUGUGCACAUGUUUACCUGAUACAGCAGUGCUGCGUGUUGUACAUACUUGGAACAACAAAAUAGAAAUACUGUAUUUCCCGUACCAACAUUGACUCCUAGCAAAGAAGUGUGUGUGUGAAAAGCCAGUUCUUCAGUCAUAACCUAGUUGUGAGACUAAAAGCUUUCCUUAUUGACUUAAUUGGAUAAACAAUGCAAGGGCGCAGGGGUGGGUGUUGUAUGGCUUGGGGUGGGGGAGGACAGUUACACUGACCUGUGGGAGAAUUUUUUAAAAAGUGGAAUCCUUUUAAACUCAUAACAGUUAUGAAAAGCAAGGUGAAGAACGUCAAGCUGUUUCUGUAUUCAUUUUAUUCUGAAGGACCUACAUCUUAGGUAAAUGUUUCGACCAACAAGAUUAAACUGUACCCACAUCCUGUAUUUUAAGGUCUAAGUUUAACUGGUCAACAUUUAAAUGGAUUGGAGCUAUUAGUACAUAAAGUGAUGGGUGUUUUGUUUUUUUUUUUUUUUCAGCUCUUCUCCAUCACCCCCUUUCCCCCCAAUACUUUUUGGUUUGUAUGUGGUUUCUCAGUUAAUACAUAGCUAAUAGCUCUUAAUUUUUCUUAUGUUUUUUAACUGCUUAGGUCUAUCUGGAUGUAAGGGUAAAAAUUCAUUUGACAGAAAUACUUGUGUAUAUUUAAAGACCCAAUUGCUCCUCUGGAGCUUGUACGUUCAAGAAUGAUUAAUCUGUGUAAUAAACUGAUUACUACAGUCAUUACAUAUAAUUUUGUGUGAACAGGCUUUUUUAAUUUCAAGAACAGUUUGUCUAGCUGAGAUUAGUGGUGGAUUCUACACCCUCCCUCUUCCCCUACCCCCACCCCAACUUCUGCAUUCAGACCAGUUACAUUUCAAAAUCAUGAAAAAAUCACAGUUUACAUAGUGAAAGGCUGUGUAUUAAAUUUGACCAAAUGAGAUAGGAACAUAAGUUUAAAAGCACCUCGAUAAAAUUUAAAUGUUUAGUGUGCAAGGAACAUGACUGUUAAACCAAAUAAGAAGUUUACUUUAUUAAUGAAAAUCUAAGCAACAUGUCAUGAAAACUUAGACAUUCCCGUGUGUGGGAUAUAAGACACAAAUGCAUUUAUAUGGUUAGUAAGUUAACCUCUGUAACUGAAUAUCAAAUGUUAAAAGAGUAAAAUUUAACAAACCUGCAGAACGUCAGCACAAUUUCAUAAUGAAGAAAUCUACAUUAUUACUUUGCACUAACAAUUGCAAGAUGUUCAUUCAGUUUAAAAUUGUACUUGUAUGUGACUUUUUGAAGUCUUCACUUGACUCUAGUAAAAGAUGUAGUUGGAAACUUUACUUGUAAACCAGUGUCUUUGCCAGAAGCGUUCCAUGAACUAGGUGAGUUACAAGUUUUUCUUCUCUGGAUUUAAUUGUAAACCAGGUCACCACAAAGCAACACCUUUAGAUCUGAGGUUUUGUCCCAUCCAUUUUCCAAAUGCGUCUCUACACUCUUGCACAAAAAACUGAGGAAUAAAUGUCCACUGCUUUUGGUUUAAA